UUAUAGGCUCAAGUCGAUGCCAGUCAGUCAUAGUCCAAGUCAGAGCAGAGUUGGACCUCUCCAGGCAAUGUGUGCGAUUCGGAAUUGAGACAGAGCCCCAAAGCGUGCGCUGAUUGCAAAAACGGUUUUAUUCUCCCUCUCUCAACUUGUCAUCCUUCAAUUCAUCAUCCAUCCAUCUGCCACAAAAUGUUACCCUCUUUGGUCAAGUUUUUGGUGCUUAGUGUAAUUCUCUGCCAAUCAUCGUUGGCUUUGGAAAACGGUUUGGCGCGUACUCCACCCAUGGGAUGGAUGCAUUGGGAACGUUUUCGUUGCAUUACCGAUUGCAAGAAAUAUCCUUACGAGUGUAUUAGCGAAAAUCUUUUUAAACGCACCACCGAUCUUCUGGUUGAUGAAGGUUACUUGGCAGCCGGCUAUGAAUAUGUAAUUAUUGACGAUUGCUGGUUGGAGAAGUCACGUGAUAAUGUGACCGGCAAAUUGGUGGAGGAUCGUGAAAGAUUCCCCAAUGGCCUUAACGCAUUGGCAGACUAUAUCCACGACAGAGGCGUUAAAUUCGGUCUUUACCAGGAUUAUGGAACCAACACUUGUGCCGGCUAUCCAGGUGUCAUUAAACAUAUGGCCUUGGAUGCACAAUCCUUUGCCGAUUGGGAUGUCGACUAUGUUAAACUUGAUGGCUGUUAUGCAGACAUAAAUCAAAUGGAUGAAGGAUAUCCGGAAUUUGGUCGUCUUUUGAAUGAGACUGGGCGUCCCAUGAUUUAUUCGUGCAGUUGGCCUGUAUAUCAGGAAUAUGAGGGCAAAUUGCCAAAUUAUGAGGCCCUAAAGCAGCAUUGUAAUUUAUGGCGUAACUGGAAUGAUAUUGACGAUUCAUUUGAAUCUGUAGCUCAAAUAAUGGAUUAUUUUUCUAAAAAUCAAGACAGAAUACAACCUCAUGCCGGUCCAGGACAUUGGAACGAUCCAGAUAUGUUAAUCCUUGGAAAUUAUGGUCUAUCUUACGAUCAAAGUAAACUACAAAUGGCUGUAUGGUCGAUAUUGGCAGCACCUUUAAUAAUGUCCAACGAUUUGGCAUUUGUACGACCAGAAAUCAAAGAGAUCUUACAAAAUAGAUAUAUUAUUGCUGUUGAUCAGGAUCCUUUGGGCAUACAAGGUCGUCGAAUUACAUUAAAAAAUAAAAUUGAGGUUUGGUCACGACCCAUUACCCCAGUGACAACGGAUGGUCAAUACUCCUAUGCAGUAGCAUUUGUUAGUCGUCGAGCUGAUGGUGCACCCUAUCUCAUCAAAUUCAAACUUAGUGAUUUAAAUUUAACAAAUCCUCGUGGUUAUGCAGUUACAGAUCUUUAUGAUAACAACAAAUUUGUGGGUCAGUUCAAGCCUCCAAGUGUUUUCGAAACUCGUAUUAUUCCAAAUGGUGUAACGUUCUAUAAAUUCACAGCCCUACAAAAUGGACGGAAAUAAUUGUGAGUGUAAAGUAUUUCCCAGGCCAUAGCUUCUAUAUACCAAAUAUUAAAUAAAGUUAAAUGUGUUAAAAUGUA